GCUUAUUUGGUAUUAUAUUUCUAAAGAUAAACCUUUCUCCUUUGCUCUCUCUCUGUCUACGGUGUACCCGAAAAUCUCUAUUUUUCCCUCUACUAAUCCGGUUCCAGUUUGUAUAAUCAAGUCUAGGGUUUUACUAAUUCCUGCCGAGAUUUAAGGAUUUUUCUGUGAGUGAAGGCACCUUAUGCAUCUUCUGUUUUUGAGUUGGAGUUUAUGAGCUCAAAAUGAUUAACGAAGAAGUCUUAAAGGCUGUUUUCCCUUUAUUGGAGGCUGUGGACCUUGCUUCUUGUAUGAGAGUAUGUGGGCAAUGGAAGGAUAUUGCCUUAGAAGAUUACUUUUGGAAAUGCUUGUGUGCCAAGAAGUGGCCUUCAAUCUGCAAGAAACCCAAACCUCCCACUUUAACAUACUAUAAGUUAUAUAAAUCUUUUCAUAAGCGGCAGAAUCGAAUUCUUCCCCCUCCAAGGAUUUCCUUUGAUAACCUGGAAUUUUACAUUGACAUAUGGAUUGAGGGUCGAUUAAUCUUCUCAGAAGCAGUUCCAGGUCCUGCCCUGCAGUUGGGUUUCAAGAUCCCGCCAUCAGGGAUCUGUGACAAGCUUAGAACUUACCUAGAUGGCUCUGACUACAAGAUGACUCUUCCUGUUGAACCAAGAUUUACAGUUCCUAUGUGCCAGACUGUUAGUGUUUCUGUGCUUGUUGGACGCAAAGAUUCUCAUAAAGUUGCCUGUAUAAUCAAUAACUCUAUGUUUGAUUAUAUUGAUCGGACAGCAUUUAGGGCCAUGGCAUUUGACUACCUUGACUUCGCUCCUGUGUACCCCUUUUCUUCGAGCAUCCGGGCAUGGGUCUCUUUGCUUUUCAUGGAAGAUGGAAGCAGCGAAGGUGAUGACGGUGCCCUCGAUGUUUUCGGGAUUCAAAUGGAUUUUUGUGAUGCUGCAAAUUCCAAGGAGGAGGUUUUGUGGCUAUUAGACAUGCUAGAUUGGAGGUGAAGUGUUCAACUGUAUAGAAUGCGUUCUAAAAUGUCAUAAAAUGCUGCUUAGAGAACAAUUGUAAACUCUCCUGUGUUUGUGUUUGUACAUUCUAUUUUACUUACAGAAUAUGAAAAUUGUUGUUUGUAUCUAAAGUAUGCUGCAUAUCAUUGUAGCCUCCCUAAUAGGGAGUCAUCUGUCUGAAAUAGAGUCUAUGAAUUUGUAUUGUACCAAGCUAUAUUCUAUGUUGGAAUAAUUUGCCUACA